GCUUUUACUCUAUAUGCAGUCGACUAGAUUCAUGAGGUCGAUUCCAUGAUAGCAGUACAGCACAGACGCCCAGAAGAACAAACGCCAGCAAACAAAGAGAUUUGAAAGUUAUUUGCGCGCUCCGGAACCUUUGCCCAUCUACUUACUACUUACUGAACAACGUUCAUAACAUUCUGCAUCACUUAGAACCCGUCAUUUCAUGUUCAAGGACUCUAUUAUGCCACCGUUUGACGACAAGGCGUGGGCCCUGCUACGGAUAUGGACAUGGUUUACCGAUAUGGAGUGGCCAUCCCUCGCAUACGACCUAAAGUCCAAUGGCGACGACUCGUUUUACAGAACGAUCGUAAUGUACGAUGAGACACUGCGCAGUCAAUGGGAAAGACUGUUAGACCUGAUUGACAUCUCGGGUAUGGAAAGAGACACUUGCGUGGAAUAUGGAGCAUUCAUGCUGGCUGCAUUGAAUCUUGUACUUGUCACUUCGCCGAAUGCCUCAUGUGACAACAAGCAGUGGUUGAUUGACGAAAUGGGAGACAUCAACGCGGUCGCUCGAACAAUAGCGGGGAAAAUACCCAAAAGCUCAAUGUCCGACCAUGAACUAAAAAUAGGCGUUCCGCUUGUCGAGCAUUCCCCCGUUCACACAAUGAACAUCAAAAGGCGUCGAGUCAACAAAGAAAGCGAAGUUGAGUAAAAGAUGGGGUGAGCGUCACCCUCUUCAAACACUCAUCACUUGGGAGUCAGAGACUGUGAA